AUGGAGGAAGAAGAUGACCCUGAAUUCGAUCUUGGAAGCUACAAACAAUCUACCGCAAGGAACUCAACCAAUAAUGUAGAUGCUCAAGGAGAGCUAUUUAAGAAGGUGGCGCAGAGCAAGCCACCAACCUAUCAAGGAGAGCUUGAUCCAACUAUACUGGAAAACUGGUUGAGGGAGUUUGAGAAACUUUUUGGGGCAGUAAGGUGUCCAGAAACUUCAAAAGUAGGUUGUGUUACCUACUACCUCAGGGGUGAAGCUGACCUUUGGUGGCAGCAAAAUGAAGCUACCAUUAAGGCACUACCUGGAUUCAACUGGACUAUGUUUCAAGAGAAGGUUAGGGACAAGUUUUACCCUAGCCUCUUACAAAAACAAAAAGCUGAGGAAUUUUCUAACCUUGCAAUGGGGAAUAUGUCGGUCACUGAAUACUACACCAAGUUUAUUGAGUUGUCACGAUUGGCUACAGAGUCUGUUUCUACAGAAAAGUCUAAGGCUAGGAAGUUUGAGAGUGGACUGACUACUGAUUUUCAGUUAAAGCUGUAUGGGCAAGUAUUUGAAACCUUUGAUGAAGUGUAUGGGAGAGCUGCACACCUCUAUGCAUUGGAGCUGAAGAAAAAGAAAGAGCUAGCUAAGAUAGAAGGGAAAGAAAAAAGAGAAAAGAGGUGGGGCAAAACCCUGGAAACCAGCAAGGUAACUAGAACAACUUUAAGAAGCAAAAGUACCACCAUAACAACAACAACUUCAGCAACAACAAAUUUCCAAGGCAACAAUCGCCAAGGUGGUCGGAACUUUAAUGGUGGAGCUAAGAACUCUAACAAGGAAAAUAAUAAGGAUGGAAGGCGCUAUUUUUGCAAAAGGUGCAAGAAUAACCAUCCUGGUAGGGAUUGUGAUGGAAAUUUGGUUACCUGUCGUGCUUGCAACAAGUUAGGAUACAGGAAGUACGAAUGUUUCUCCAAGGAUCCCAAUCGAAACAAACAGGGCAAUUGA